AUGACGAGUAUCAAUUUGACAGCAGCUGGCUCAGCUACUGAUGCAAUUGACCUAGAGUCUCUUCCUCGCCUUUCGCACCGCGGUGAGGAAGAAAGCAGACGACCAGUCGACAUUGCGCAACAGGGAGUCGAAACCAAUGGUUCAUCCCAGGAGACUAUUGCUCCGCCAAAAUGGAAUUAUCCUCCUAUCAACAAAUAUCGUACUGCGGCGACAUUCUGGUCAUUUCUUGUUGUAGGAAUGAAUGAUGGGUCUUAUGGUGCUUUGGUUCCCUUGCUUGAGGAUUAUUACCACAAAAACCAUACCCUCGUGUCUUUAGUGUUCCUAACACCCUUUGUUGGCUAUGCUAUCGCUUCUGCUAUCAACAGCCUAAUGCAUGUGCAUUUUGGUCAAAGAGGCGUAGCGUUGCUUGCUCCCCUUUGUCAUAUUGUACCAUAUCUCAUUUUUUCCUUCCAUCCCCCGUACCCCGUCAUGAUUUCCAUGUAUGUCCUUGUCGGCAUAGGAAAUGGACUUGCUGAUGCCGCGUGGUGUUCUUUCAUUGGACAGAUGAUGAACUCGCACGAGAUGUCGGGCAUUCUACAGGCGUGUUACGCCCUUGGUGCUACCAUUGCUCCUCUUGUCGCGACUGGUCUCUCUGGAGAAGGUAUGCCAGGCUGGUAUGCAUUUUUCUAUGUCAUGACGGCUGCGUCGGUCGUAGAGCUCAUCGCCUUGACAAUCACGUUUUGGACACAGACUGGAGCCGUCUACUUGUCUGAAGCGCCCUCAGCAUCUGGGGCUAAAUCAGGUCGUAUGCGACAGGUCCUAAAGAACAAGCUGUCGUGGAUUUUUGCCUUUUUUGUGUUUGGAUACUGUGGAGCUGAAGUGGCUCUUGGUGGUUGGGUGGUUGUCUUCAUGCAGAAAAGACGCAAUGCCUCAGCUAUCGUCGGCAGUGCCGUGGCCACGGGGUUUUGGGGCGGAAUGACAGUCGGACGCCUCUUUUUAUCCUUGGUAACAGUCCGACUGGGAGAGUUCUGGGCCAUGUUCUUAUACAUCGGAGUAACUAUUGCUUUGGAGCUUGUCUUUUGGCUGGUGCCGAACCUGGUCGUUAGUGCAGUAGCAGCAGCACUAAUUGGCGUUGCCAUGGGGCCAAUGUAUCCUGUUGCAGUUGUUCUCAUUACCAAGGUCAUGCCCCGCUCUCUCCAUGUCGGGACUAUCGGUUUCGCUGCUUCCUUCGGUGGUUCUGGCGGUGCAAUAUUGCCUUUUGCAGUUGGCGCCAUUGCGCAGGCAAAGGGAGUGCAGACACUUCAACCCAUUGUCCUCGCUAUCUGUGUCGUUCUUGGCUGUUUGUGGCUGCUUCUUCCCCGCAGGCCAGUGGAAAAGGACCAGACGGGUGGCACUUAG